AAGAAAAUCUCCUCGUAGUCUCUCUUAUCUUGGCGCGUGUAAGAGCAAAGACAUCAAAUGUAUGUACGAGUAUGAAAAAGUCCCCACAGUCAGCUUAUACUUGGAUACGCCAACCUCAAAGCCGGAGAUGGGAAUGAUAGACUUGCUGCUGCUUCCAACAAGCAUUACUUGGCAUCUACUAGCAGCUGCUAGCAUCUACCAACGCUUCUAUUGUAGGGAUUGCCACACCAUCGCCAAGAGAUUGCACCAAGCACGCCCGGAAUCAGGCCACUCUUCGCCCCCCCAUCCGGAGCCUCUAAAGCUUCAAUCUCUCCGAUUCCCGAUCCGAAAGAAGCUGCCGUUACGUUAAUACAAGAAGAGUCAAGUUCAACUCUGGCCAGCCCCAC